AACGGAUUCAAUUUUUCCCCUUUCUAUAUAUACAUUCGCAGGACUCUCACAGAGACUCUGAGAGAUCCGGUCUCAUAGAGAUAAGGAAAGAUUUGAUUUGAUUUGAUUCGAUUCCAAUGGAGGAUCACGAGGAGGAUGAUUUGCAAAAGGCGUUACGGAUGAGCAUGCAACAUGAACCGCCAGAGCCGAAGAGGAGCAAAGCGAGGGACGACAGCGCUGAGACUCCUUUGGAAGAGUCGCCGGAGGUGAAGAAUCGGAGGUUGCAGAGGGAGUUGAUGGCGGCAGCAGCUGAAAAGCGUAUGAUGGCGGCAUCGGCAGCUAUGCCCACGACUGCUACUAUUACUAGUGCGCCUAAGGAUGUUCCUUCUUCCUCGGAAGCUUCAUCGUCAAAAAUGGAUAAAACUGUGGCGAUAGUGAAGGAAGACAAGUUUUUGGGGAAAGAGUUAUCAUCGGAUGAAGCACAACAGCUAUUCUCAAUGGUGUUUGGAAAUGAAGUUUCAAAGGGAAUACUUGCGCAGUGGAGCAAUCAGGGAAUCAGGUUUAGUCCUGAUGAAGAAACAUCAAUGGGAUUAGUUCAGCAUGAAGGUGGGCCAUGUGGUGUCUUAGCAGCUAUACAAGCAUUUGUUCUUAAAUACCUCCUAUUUUUCCCACAAGAAUUAGUAAAAGGUGUUCAAAAUACACCAAUGAAAUCAAUUUCAAGAAGACUGCAGGAAAAUCAAGAUUCUGUGUCAAAUAUAUUUGGCUCUCUAACCGAAGAAACAAAAUCAAGAGCCUUGGUGAGGAGCAUGGGUGAAAUAUUGUUUUUAUGUGGAAAUAAUAACAGUGCAACAAUUGCAUCUCUGAAAAUUUUUGACCAGAACAUUGAGGGUAAAGAUGAAAAGGAAAAAGAUGAGAUUGUUGCAAGAUCACUUGAAGGUCUUUCACUUGAAUCCGGUGUUGAUUUGCAAAAAGUUUUGACAGUUACCACAUUCACAUCUCCUGCAAGUGCAAUGCAGAGGCUGGAAUCAAUGAUUCCGAUCUUCCGUAGUCGUAUGGGAGCACUCCUAUUCCUACUUUCCGCAUUACUUUCUCGGGGAUUGGAAACAGUUCAAUCUGACAGGGAUGACCCUAGCCAACCUUUAGUUACAGCUCCAUUUGGACAUGCAUCACAGGAAAUUGUUAACCUCCUACUCUCCGGAAUGGCGGUUGCCAACGUAUUCGAUGGAAAAAUGGAUUUAGGCGGCGGAAUGUUUGUCAAAGGAAUCUUGACUCCCGUAGAAGUCGGAUUCCUCACAUUACUAGAAUCCCUCAAUUUUUGUAAAGUCGGCCAAUCCUUAAAAUCCCCAAAAUGGCCAAUCUGGGUAGUGGGAAGUGAAUCCCACUACACCGUGUUAUUCGCCCUGGACCCACAGGUCCAGGCCGAAAACGAAUUUGAAAACCGCGAAACGACAAUCCGGCGAGCCUUUGACUCCCAAGACCAAUCCGGCGGCGGCGGGUUCAUCUCCGUCGACGGAUUCCGGCAAGUCCUCCGGGAAACAAACGUGAACCUCCCGCCGGAAAAAAUGGAGGCGUUGUGUUCUUCAGGGUUUAUCGUUUGGAGUGAGUUUUGGCAAGUGCUUUUGGAUUUGGAUAAAGGGUUUGGUGGGUUGAAGGAUUCCACAGGGUUGAUGGGUAAAAAGGUCUUUUACUUGUGGCAUUUUAAUGGGAUUGCGAAAGCGGUUUCCGGGAGUGAGGUUGGCGUGCAACGGCCGAGGUUGACCAAGUUGAGGGUUUCGGUCCCGCCAAGGUGGACGCCGGAGGAGUUUAUGGCGGGCGGGAGUGGCGGCGGCGGCGGCGGUGGUGGUGGUGAUGAGGUGGUGGAGGUGGAGAAACCGGAGCGGACUCAGCAUGCUCCGUUGGUGGAUUGUGUUAGGACGCGGUGGGCGAGGGCGGUUUGUAAUUGGGAAGGGGACCCACCGAGUAUUGUUUGAAUGUGGUUCGUGUUUUUUUUUAAUUAGUUCAAGAGAAAUCAAACAAAUAAAGGUGGUGGUGGUGGUGGUGGUGGUGGAUUCUGUUAUUUGUUUGUAAUCGGAAGGUAAUGACGGUUUGUUGAGUUGUAUGUUAUGCAUUGAAAGUUGUAUGUUGGUUCGGAUUUGAGUUUGAUCAAGGACUAUUAUUUAAUCUUGUUUUUGAAUUUUUUUUGGAUACUUUUUUCGUGUUAGGAGUUGGGACUUUGUAAAGAAUCUGCUGAAAUCGUUUUCAUGUUAUUGUUAUUGUUUAAUUCGCAAAAUCCAACCA